CCGGGCGUCCGGGAGGGGCUGCUCUGGCUUUGGAGGAGACAGUCUUCUAGAACUUUCCCUGGAUGGGGCCGUGAGGUGCGGGGUCAAGGCCCGCGCUUGCCCUUGGCCCCGACUCCCGUCCUCUAGGAGUCGCUUUCGGGGGGCUUUCUGAGGAACAGGCUCACAUCUUCGGGUUGGAAAGCGGCUGGCAGCACGAUGAGUCUGCAGUGGACUGCGGUCGCCACCUUCCUCUACGCAGAGGUCUUCGCUGUGCUGCUUCUCUGCAUUCCCUUCAUUUCUCCCAAAAGAUGGCAGAAGAUUUUCAAGUCCCGCCUCGUGGAGUUGGUAGUGACCUAUGGCAACACCUUCUUUGUGGUUCUCAUUGUCAUCCUUGUUCUGCUGGUCAUUGAUGCUGUUCGCGAGAUUCGAAAGUAUGACGACGUAACGGAGAAGGUGAACCUGCAGAACAACCCUGGGGCCGUGGAACACUUCCACAUGAAGCUUUUCCGUGCCCAGAGGAACCUCUACAUUGCUGGCUUUUCCUUGCUGCUAUCCUUCCUGCUUAGACGCCUGGUGACUCUCAUCUCCCAGCAGGCCACGCUGCUGGCCUCCAAUGAAGCCUUUAAAAAGCAGGCAGAGAGCGCUAGUGAAGCAGCCAAGAAGUACAUGGAAGAGAAUGACCAGCUAAAGAAGGAAGCUGUCGGUGGAAUCAAGUUGGAUGGCAGGAACGCUGAAGCGAAGGUGGAGGAAGAGAACAGGAGCCUGAAGGCCGAUCUGAAGAGGCUGAAGGACGAGCUGGCUGUCAACAAGCAAAAACUGGAGAAAGCUGAAAACGAGGCUUUGGCCAUGCAGAAGCAGUCUGAGGGCCUGACCAAGGAGUACGACCGCCUGUUGGAGGAGCACGCGAAGCUGCAGGCGGCGGUAGAUGGCCCCACGGACAAGAAGGAGGAGUGAGGGUCUCUGCUCCCCGCCCAUGGCUGGCUGCUUCCUGAGAGCCUGGCCUCCCUUGGUACUUCAGCUCGCUCCCUUCCGCUUCUGUUCCCUCGCGCCGCUUGCAGUUCCAUGCUCUCCCAGCAUUCUGUAGGGGGCCCGGUUCCCACCCAGGAUGAGCAAGGCUGCGGCCAGUCUUGCUUCCCGCUGGGUUAAGCCCCUUUAUGUUGUGCGUUGAUGUUCAGGACUCCAAGGCCCCUUUUCUCUGGUCCUGCAGGAGGGCAGAUGGGGCAGGAAGAGUAGGGUUUCUCUUGGGGCAAUAAAAGUUGUUGUGUUGUGUU